AUGCCUAAAACAGCAGGCGCUGUGCCAAAAGGCUGGCAUGUGCACAUCACAUACCUGCAUGCGCCGUCAUACUCCAAGAAGCUGAACAGUGACAAAGUCAGCGCCUUGAUAUUUCAAAAGGCAGAUUUGGGGCCGACUGCACAAGUCUACAAGACACGCGGACCAUACACAAACGUCAAGAUAACACCAGUGUCUGACGUGGCCCACCCGGCAUAUGGCCAGCAUGCGCUGUACGCUAACCAGCAGCUCUCUCCAGAUUCCUUCAUCCUGCCAUAUCUUGGCUUUGUUCACGAUCAGGCCGAUUUGAAUCCGGCAUCCGACUAUGACUUGUCACUCGAUCGCGAGCUGGCUAUCGGCGUCGAUGCUUCCACUAUGGGUAAUGAAGCACGCUUUAUCAACGACUACCGAGGAGUCUCAACGGCACCGAAUGCAGAGUUUCGCGACAUACAUGUCGAGAUUGGCAACGGCAAAGUAGAGAAGAGAGUCGGUGUGUUUGUGCUCAGUGCUGGCAAGAGUGGAAAAAGGUCAUCAGGCAUCGGGCGUGGUCAGGAAAUCCUUGUCAGUUACGGCAAGGGUUUCUGGACCGAACGUCAAGCUACGGAAGAGUGA